UCUUACGUAUGAGUAUACAUAUUUAUUUAAGUUUAUUAUAGAUAUAUAGAUAUAUUUACUGACGAACUAUACAACCCAACCAAGUUGUAUUGGUUAAUUCAGUUGUCGAUCUAUACAACUAAAAAAAAAUAGUUGUCAAAAUGAUUAUCUUAUUUUUUAUAAAAUUAUAAUCGAUAACAAUUUAUAGUGCACAAUUACUUAAUGUGUUCAAUUAAUUAUGGAUCAGUAUUACGACACUAAUAAGCAAUAAUAAAUCCAACUUUUUGUUUUCCAUCGAAAGAAAAGUGCCAAAAUAGCAAUAACUGAGGAUCUUACAAAACAGUCAGGAUUGAAUAAAAAAGGAGUUGGUGUUAAUUACAAGUAACCUGACCACAGUGGAAACAAAAACAAUAAGACCGACUUGCUCGGUCUUGGUGAAUGGUGUUGCAGAUUGACUCAGUGUGGGGUUGGGCGUCACCCCCGUUGCGCCUACAACUAGCUGGAGGUAGCCGAGGGGCCUCGGGAAACGUGGCUGCCCAAGCAUCCUCUCAGAGGAUGGGUGAAAUGGUCGUUGAACGAGCUCCAUCGCCGGCACGCCUCAGUCAUACUUCCGAGAAGCAUCCUCGUGCUACCUUAACAGAAUUGAAUGUAUUGAGACGGCAUCGAGAACUCUGCGAUGUUGUACUGAAUGUUGGUACCAGGAAGAUAUUUGCUCAUCGAGUUAUUUUAUCAGCAUGUAGUCCUUAUUUUAGAGCAAUGUUUACUGGAGAAUUGGCAGAGUCACGGCAAACAGAAGUCACGAUAAGAGACAUUGAUGAAGUUGCUAUGGAGCUUCUGAUUGAUUUUUGUUAUACAUCUCACAUAAUUGUUGAAGAAGCUAACGUUCAAACACUGCUUCCAGCUGCUUGUCUUCUACAACUCGCUGAAAUUCAAGAUAUUUGUUGUGAAUUUUUAAAGCGACAGCUGGAUCCAUCAAAUUGUUUAGGAAUCCGAGCAUUCGCUGAUACUCAUUCAUGUCGCGAAUUAUUGAGGAUCGCUGAUAAAUUUACUCAACAUAAUUUUCAAGAAGUUAUGGAGAGUGAAGAAUUUCUUCUUUUACCAGUUAGUCAGUUGGUAGAUAUCGUAUCCUCUGAUGAAUUAAAUGUAAGGACAGAAGAACAAGUUUUUAGCGCUGUGAUGAAUUGGGUUAAGUACAAUGUAACUGAAAGACGGCAGCACUUAGCUCAAGUACUUCAACACGUAAGAUUACCGCUACUAAGCCCGAAAUUCUUAGUGGGUACUGUAGGAUCUGACUUGCUCGUCCGGUCUGAUGAUGCGUGUCGAGAUCUUGUGGAUGAGGCUAAAAACUAUCUUUUACUUCCUCAAGAGCGACCAUUAAUGCAGGGUCCAAGAACACGUCCUCGGAAACCAACAAGGAGAGGUGAAGUUUUAUUUGCUGUAGGUGGUUGGUGCUCUGGUGAUGCAAUAGCUUCAGUUGAGCGUUUUGAUCCAAAUACUGCUGAUUGGAAAAUGGUAGCACCGAUGAGUAAAAGAAGAUGCGGUGUUGGUGUUGCUGUUUUAAAUGAUUUACUUUAUGCGGUUGGUGGACAUGACGGUCAAAGUUAUUUAAACAGUAUAGAAAGAUAUGAUCCUCAAACGAAUCAAUGGUCGUGUGACGUUGCACCAACAACCUCAUGUAGAACUAGUGUUGGUGUAGCAGUUCUUGAUGGGUUUCUUUAUGCCGUUGGGGGUCAAGAUGGUGUACAAUGCUUGAAUCAUGUUGAAAGGUAUGAUCCCAAGGAAAAUAAAUGGUUCAAAGUAUCACCUAUGACAACCCGUCGACUUGGAGUGGCUGUUGCUGUACUUGGUGGAUAUCUAUAUGCUAUUGGCGGAUCAGACGGACAAUCACCAUUAAAUACUGUGGAAAGGUAUGACCCAAGACAAAACAAAUGGUCGCAAGUUUCACCAAUGUCCACUAGACGAAAACACUUAGGUUGUGCUGUAUUUAACAAUCUUAUUUAUGCUGUGGGAGGAAGAGAUGAUUGCAUGGAAUUAUCAAGUGCUGAACGAUAUAAUCCACAUACUAAUUCUUGGAGUCCAAUCGUUGCUAUGACAUCUAGAAGAAGUGGAGUUGGUUUAGCCGUUGUUAAUGGUCAACUCUAUGCUGUUGGAGGCUUUGAUGGUACUGCUUAUCUGAAAACUAUAGAAGUUUAUGAUCCUGAACAAAAUCAAUGGAGAUUGUGUGGUUGUAUGAAUUAUAGAAGACUCGGAGGUGGUGUAGGCGUAAUGAGGGCACCACAGACUGAAAAUUAUAUUUGGUAGCUCAGGCCCCCCUCUUCGGCCCUGACGGCUGAAACACCUUUAACUCCUGUGACUCCUUCAACACCAUUAACACCGCUUUCAGGACCAGUUAUUUCAACUAAUAGCAGAAAACGCUAUCGACGCUCCAUGAGCAUCAUUUAAACAUAUAUCUAUUUUUUUUUCGCUACGGCUAUAAUUUAUAAUUUGUAUUUAAUAUCUUAACAAAAAAUUAUACAUACGUCAUUUUUUUUUAAUAUUUCAUAGGGAAGUAUUUUUUAUUGUUUAAUCGAUUUGUAUCGAUAUUGUUAUUUCAUUUUAAAUUUAUUUAUGUCAUUCAUCCGAUUUUAAAUCUCAAUUCUUUCUUUGAGUUGUUUUUAUUUCUUUUCAUUUUUAAAUAUUUCCUUUAAAUUAUCAUAAAUCAUUGCUAUUUGUAUAUUUCAAAAAAUUUAAUACACACUGACGUAACUGUGUGUGUCAAAUUGAUCAAUCAGGGCUAAGACUGAAAAUGCCUAAAUCAAAUUUUUUUUCUAUCUAUUUAUUUAUUUAUAUUUCGCAUCAACUAUAUAUCUUUUUACUUUAUUAAAAAAACCAUACUAUUUUUAUUUUUGCGCCAAAUAACGUCCUCAUUAUCGAGAUAUUUCCUACGGUAAGAUAAUAUUUACUUUAGAAGAUUUAUUCUAUAACUUAAAUUUUGUUGAUUUCAAUAAAAAAAAAAUUAAAAUAGUUAACUGAAUGUAACUUGUUAAAUUUUUUUAUGUUUUGAUUUAAACCUAAAAUCAAUUUUAGGUUCGUUUAUUUUGUUAACAUAUCGUUUUAUGUUGAAUACUUCUAAAUAGAUAAGAAAUGUUUUAAAUCAUGAAGUUACACGGACAAAAAAUUUAAAGUUCAAAAAGGUGUAUAAAAGUUAUAGUGGAAAGAAACUUAUUCUGUUUUUAUAAUUGAUAAAUGAUAUAUGCCUGCAGUUAUGGUUAUAUUGACAUAUUAUAUUAGGAUAAUCAUUGACAAAUGAUUAAUUAAAUAAUAAAUUACUUUUCACAAAAUUUA